AAAGGAGAAAAACCAACGAUGAAAGGAGGGGGAAAACAAAGCCAGAGAAGGAGAUACAAUUCAAGCAAUACUGUUGAAGUAUAAUUACAAGGAAAAAAUGAUUCCAUUGAGCUUGUAUAGAAGCCUAGAAUAGAACGGAGUUCCCAUCGACAACCAGCCUGUCUGAUUUCCGGCACCGGUGAAUUGACCCAUUUACCCGUUUAUUUAGUCGGAAAAAGGUCGUGAGACCACCGUUGAAUGAAUCUGGCAUGUGAAAGUGGUUUUCUCCUGGGUUUCAACUCCAAAAUAAUUUCAUUUUAGAAGAGACUUUUCUUUUGUUUUGGUUUUUAAUUCCGGAAGAGUGCAUUGGGGCCGUUCGAUUGGAAUUUUCGAUCAUGGUGAUGAGGGCAUGGAUGGCAGUGGAAAAAACAAGGAGGAUCGUACGGACGGCUUUUUUCAUGGUGGCGAUGCUGGCGUCGCUACUAGCAUCGUCCCUUCCGUUGCUGGUGGCGGUAUGCGACAUCACGGUCCCUUUCCUUUUACUCUCGAGCUUCACGUGCAUCACGUGCUACGGUUUCCACGAGCACCUUCGUCGUUACGAUUUCAAAAACUCCUUAACUGAUAUACCUCUCGUCUCUAUCCUCAGAUCUAUAGUAAUCACUUGUGUGUAUUCGAUGUGCGACGGUCCAGCGUUAUCCCAUGGACCUUACUUAGGAACGGUUACUUUAUGUUCAUUCAUUUCGAUUCUUCUACUUUCAGUUAAAGCAUGUGUUUUUACGGUGAAUUCUCAAAUAGAGGCACAGGCAGAGGCAGGUAUAGAGGCGUAUCCAGCUUAUUCCCUUGCAAAGCAAAGGCUUCAUUUGAAGAAAUCAUGGGGGAUGCCUGUUUUGUUUCUUUCGUUAGUAAUUUUUGCACUUGGUCACACUGUAGUUGCUUAUAGAACAAGCUGUAGAGCAAGAAGAAAGCUUUUGCUUCAUCGAGUUGACCCUGAAGCUGUUCUUUCAUGCAAAAAUAUUCUCUCCGGCUUCCUGAAGGUUCGAUCUUCCACUCCCUCUGCAGGGAAAACUCCAAAAAGCGACAGUGAAACCAGGCGAAAUCCUUUCAGGCAAUCUCGAGAUGAAGGGGAACUCCCUGUUAGAUUACUUGCUGACAUAGAUAGUAUGUUCAUUAAAUUGCAAGGACUUACCAUUCAUUACAAGCUCUGCUUUCCUGGUUCUCCCACUAGGUCUUUGUUAUCUACUACAUUUCUAGAAUCAAAAGUUGGUUCUAUACCACAAGUUUCUCCUGGAAAGCUAAAGCUUGAGAGGCAAGCACUGAAAUUGUUGUCAAAGACGCAAUAUAACCAUCUUCAUAGAAGCUAUAGCAAUCAUUUUCAGACCUCUUCACUUUAUGCUCCAUUGUUGGAUGGAUCCCCAAGCUCUCCUGUUCUUUCUGAUGAUAUUCCUGUUUUGAGCCAUGAGGAUUCAGUUACACACUUUGAGACAAGUCAUUUGAACUGUGGGACUCUAGAGCAAGACAUAGAGGCAAAUGUCCAGCUUGGAAUUGUUUUAGUGCAUGGGUUUGGAGGGGGAGUCUUUUCAUGGAGGCAUGUGAUGGGGGUGCUUGCUUGUCAGGUUGGUUGUUCAGUUGCUGCUUUUGAUCGGCCUGGCUGGGGAUUGACUUCUAGGCCAAGCCGGAAGGAGUGGGAGGGAAAGGAGUUGCCCAAUCCUUACAAGCUUGAAACUCAGGUUGACUUGCUUCUUUCCUUUUGCUAUGAGAUGGGGUUUUCUUCAGUGGUGCUUGUUGGCCAUGAUGAUGGAGGCCUUCUUGCUUUGAAGGCUGCACAAAAAGUCCAAGCCUCUGUGAAUUCUUUUGAUAUUACGAUCAAAGCAGUGGUUUUGCUAAGUGUUAGCUUGUCAAGAGAAGUUGUCCCCGCCUUUGCAAGGAUACUCUUGCGCACUUCACUUGGGAAGAAGCACUUAGUUCGCCCGCUUCUGCGAACAGAAAUUACACAAGUGGUGAAUAGGCGUGCAUGGUAUGAUGCAACUAAGUUAACAACAGAAGUUUUGAGCCUGUAUAAGGCCCCACUAUGUGUUGAGGGUUGGGAUGAAGCGCUACAUGAGAUAUGCCGGUUGUCGCAUGAAACAAUCCUUUCACCACAAAAUGCAACGUCACUGCUAAAAGCGGUUGAAGAGGUCCCAGUAUUGGUCAUUGCUGGUGCUGAAGAUUCCCAUAUUUCUCUCAAAUCUUCCCAGGCCAUGGCUUCAGAAUUUGUUAAUUCUAGACUGGUUGCAAUAUCUGGGUGCGGCCAUCUUCCUCAUGAGGAAUGCCCCAAGGCAUUACUUGCAGCUAUUUCACCUUUCAUAAGCAGAUUGCUAAUCAGACCAGAACUGCAAAAAGUCUUCAGGACGCCUCCUUUUUGACUUAUUUAAAUAGGGUUCUUAUGUCUUGUAGGAGCCAUUCAAUCCUUAUCUUUAAUUUUUCCUUCCCCCCGUAUUCAUCAAGCAAUUUACCUCCAAAGGAAGAGAUAAAUUCAACCUCUCUUCUUUUGGGUAAUUUUGAUGAGUUAAGAGCCUUCGCUGUAGCCCUCUUUCUCUGGGGAGCUGUCUCUCUUGUAAUUUUCCUUUGCUUUCCAUCUGAUUUUGGAUGCAUGGUGGGGAUGAAAAAUUUGAAUGUUAUUUGCUACUUAAAAGGAGUGGUAAAAUGGCAGUACAUGUACAUAUUAUUUGUCGAAAUUAGCAAUUAAUGCAUUU